AUCGGCAUAUAGAUUGAAGCAAACCCAUUACUCAUACUUGGGCCAUGAAUAUAUUCUAGUCUCAUUUCUUGUUGUUGGAUGCUUUGAGUUGCUUUAUGAGUUUAUCUCUUUCUAAUAACGGGGGAUGAUGUUUACUCCUUUUUAUUUGCAUUUUAUAUUUCUAUGUAACUGCUAAUAUUAGAGCUUGGAUUAUUUAUAAUGGAUUUGCUCUCUCUCUCUCUCUCUCUCUCUCUCUCUAUUUUAUUUAUCACUGUUAUUAUUAUUGUUAUUAUUUUUUCAUUUUGAUUGAAAAGCAUGAACCAAGUUCUCCUAUGCAUUCCUUGAGGGGGAAAAGAAAGUCCUCAAAGAAGGAAGAGUCAAACUCUCAGUCUUUCAUGCAAUCACUUAAGAAUGGAAAGAACAUUUAUAAUUCCACAGAAGGCAGUUGUUUGGCUGGAUCUCCACGUAGACGGAGACUCAUAAAGAAGAAUGUUCAACGAGACAUUCUGGAGUCCAAACUUUCGUACUCCCUCCCAGAUUGCUGUCAAAUCUCAGUUCCAAAGCAAUAUAACAAAGUCAUUGCCCUCUCCAACCAUUCUCUUGAUGAAAGGGUUAUUAGUGUUUCUGAAAUUGAAGGAACAUCUCAUUGUAACUUUAGUAUGAGUAGGAGUAUAAUAGAUGUUGAUGAAGAUAUCAAGGAAGGCAAUGUGUGGAGCCCUUCACCUGUGUCCAAGAACUUAAGUUCAUCUGCAAAGAAUGCAGUGUCUUCCUGUAAAAGAAUCUUGCAACAAGGUUGCUCCAAUGCUGAGAACAUUAAUGUGAAUAGUAGAGAUGUGGAUCAGACAGAGCAUGGCACCACAUUACCACCUUCAAAGGAGUUAUCAUGUGUUAUAUGCUGGACAGAGUUUAGUCAAACGAGAGGGGUUUUGCCAUGUGGACAUCGAUUUUGUUAUGAUUGCAUCCAGGACUGGGCAGGCCGUAUGACUGCAAGUAGGAAGGCUUCAACUUGUCCGUUGUGCAAGGCCAGUUUUGUGAGCAUUACUAAGGUGGAAGAUGCGGCUUCCAUUGAUCAAAAGAUUUACUCCCAAACUAUUCCAUGUUCCACCUCAAUAAUAAAUGUUUUUUCUCUUCCUGAUCCAGAAAGACCCAGUUUUGGUGCUCAGGUAAUAGUUACCUUAUUACAGACCAUGACCUUCAUUUAGAAGCAUUAAUCUGCUAUGAUAUCCUUUCAUGUGAACUGACAUACGUGAGUGGUAGAUAAUAAACUGGACAAUAUGAGGGGUAAAGCAAACAAUGAAGCAGGAUAAGAGACAUUGCAUUCCAGCUGGAGUCAUUACAUGGAAGGCAUAAUAUGGCUGUGUUCAUGUGCAAAGGCAAAACAUGCUUGCAUGUUUACGUACAUAUAUUAUCAAUAGUUCAUCAAAAUUAACUAUUCUAUAGAAAGAUGUUUCAAGAAGCAUUACAUCACUAUUAAGGCUUGUCUGCAUAUGUCGAUCUAGAUGGCUCUUCAUUAUCCUCAUUUACUAAAACCCUGGUUACUUGUCUGCAUCUUUGUGGCACUUAUUAUUGGACUCUUGUUGCUAAUUUUUCUGUGUGCUUUAACAGUCCUUGGCUACAAUUUGCUGUAAAUGCCGUUCACGAGAACCUGCAGAUAUGCUGAUCAGCUGCAAUCUUUGUCAGCUUCGAAAAAUUCAUUCUUACUGUCUAGAUCCUUAUUUGUUACCAUGGACCUGCAUUCACUGCAAAGACCUCCCUCGUACGUUCUAAUAUCCAUCUCUUUAUUCUCUUGUCCUAAUGUUUUGCCAUUGAUUUGAUUUUUUAUUUUCUUAAUGAAGAGAAAUUUUUACAAUGAGCUGUCCAUAAACUUUUAUAGGAGCAGUUAGAAAGCGUACAAAUGCUGGUUGUGUUCUUUCGACCAUAUGUACACAAGCUUUUAAUAAUUGGGAUAUCCGAUU